AGACAUGCAAUGUUCGUUGCACCUCCAUGCACGGUGAAAAAAUUCAAAGUGAACGAACAAGAAUCUUGACGGCAUUUCUGUCAGGGGAAUAUGAUGUUUUGGUGUGCACUGGCGUCUUGGGUAGGGGUCUGGACCUACGCUGUGUCAAACAGGUACGUGUGAUCUCAAUCAACUGGGAUAAAAUAAUAUUAAUCGGCUGUAUUUUAAAAGCUCACUCACGCUCACAGUCAAAAGGUCCAGAAAAACCGGACGCGAUUCGACAACGCGACGCGAUUUUUCGAUUUUCACUGACCGAUAACUUAAAUGAGUUUGAUCCUAGUUCAUAAACUUUCCAAAUAUUUAGAAGCGUUAUAACAUUUUGAGUUAUUUGGUCUACAUAUCUUUUAAAAGUUGCUCUCAUUGCCUGUUUUAUUAACUUUCAAAAACUAAAAAAUCGCGUCGCGUUGUCGAAUCGCGUCCGGUGUGUCUGGACCUAAAGAGUGGAGGUUCAAUCGGAGCUUCCUUUGAGUGUCAGUGUUGUUUUUGGAUAGCUGGAGGGUUAGUGUCGUUCCUUACCAUGCGACUACUCACCCUCCAGCUAUUCAAAAACAGCAUCGACACUCGUGCAAGAGAAACUCAGAUUGAAUCUCCACUCUUUGUGUAUUUCGAAGACACCAUGUUUACAUAAUAACUAACUUAAGCAAAGCUUAAUCUAGUACGGGAACAUGACAAGAAACCGCCUUAAAUCUUACGCUUUUAUAAUUAUAAAGAACUACCGUUAUUAAGAACUUCGACAAAGCAGAACGAAAGUGCAACGAGAACAGCUAAUAACAUCAUAAUAAUGCAAGAAAAUGAGCAGAAAUUAAUAAUUGAAAUCUCACGGACGUUUUAGACGUCGCCGUAGCUCUGUUUUACAACGGCGAAAUACAGAUUAUCGCGUCUUGCAUACCACGCUUACAUUUUAAACUGGGGCAACUGCUAUUUUAAAUUGGGUCCUAGAACCUUUCUCAAUCAUAAGCCCAGUGGCAGUCUUCAUCAAGAUCCUUUCUUCUGCAAUCAUUUGGGCGGGCAGGGCGCGAAAUAACGGCUGGAGGGCCGCCGGUCAAGGUGACCGGCUGUCCGGCCGACUCAAUUUUAGCUCGGACAUGCCGAAUUUCUGGCCGGUCAAAUUAUUCAGCUUAAAGCAAAGCCUAGUAAAGUAUACCCCUAAAAAUGUGACUAUUUUCACAGUAUAGCUUUACAAAAAGCCUUACUGUAAUCAGUAAUGGAGAAGAUAAACAGCUUCCAUUGCGCUAAAACAGCUUGCACUGCGCUAAAAGCAUAGCCUUAACUCUUAAGCCAAAGACAUGGCCAUUGGCUUUGUGACGUACGGUGUGGGAAAGCUGGCGUACAUUGGAGUUCUUUUCCCGCAAAAUAUUCGACAACAUGUUAUUGCAAUACUUGACAACUUUAUUUUGAUUAUAAAUUAAAAUGAAGAUUAGUUUGUUCUUUCACCGAAAGUGAGCGGUCAAACUGACCGGCAAGGUAAGAGUUUGACCGGACAACUCGGCAUUCUGGCCGGACAUUGUCCGUUGAACGGCCGUUAUUUCGCGCCCUGUGGGCGGGGUAUUAGUUGGGAUAAAAGCAGCCAUAUGAACACAGGUUUUUGAUAAACCAGGCUCAUUCGAACAUGCCCUGAAACACCGUGGAUUCUUACAUGCAUGUAUUAGUUAAGGUCGUGGCUAUCUCGUCAGGUACACGCGUAAAAACGCACAAGUUGAAGUUGUAACCAAUCUGAAGUAGACUUGUGGCAAUGCUGUUCCAACAACUUGUCAAGACGAUGUGUUCGCACUGUUCCAACAACUUGUUAUCGUCCUGCAAUUCAACAAUUUGUCAACAAGUUGUGAUCGAGUGACAACCUUGUAGCAACUUUUAAAAUAACAGCAUUAUUACAACAUUGUUACGAAAUGCGAACACAUCUUGUUGACAAGUUGUGAGAUUUUUAAAUGUGUAGCGGCAGGCUCAAACGAACAAGUCCCUAAUUCUCUUUGGCGUUCUAGGUGAUUAACUUCGAUAUGCCAUCGAGUGUGGACGAAUAUAUCCAUCAAAUUGGCCGAGCUGGUAGGCUAGGCUCCAAAGGUCUCGCGAUGACGUUUAUAAACAACACGAACAAAGCUGUAUUUCUCCACCUCGUGGAAGCUGUUCAAUCUCAUGGUGUGAAACUACCUGAUGAACUUCUAAACUCUCCUCACUUAUCGUCCCAGCAAUACGAGCGGGAACAUAAGAGAAAGAUUAGGAAACGUAAACGCGAGGAAAGCUACGUGAACAGGGAGAAUUUAAUGGAUAUCUUGAAGAAAAGUACUUUCCGAAGACGAUUGAAGGAUCGCUGACUAGUUUUUGGGGUAACAUCUCACGAGCAAUUUUCACAAAAUGCGUAUGUAACACUAACUUCGUUUGUGCUGGAUAGCUGACAUAGCUCUAGAUUUAACAAUUGUCCUCUCUAGAGGUCCAGCAAGGCUAUUGGCUCCGUCUUAUCAAAGGAGGAAACCUAGACUAAACUUUAUUCGCUCUAUCAGAUCAGUUCUAAACUGUUCUU